AUGAAAAAUAUAAGAAACCUUCUAGCAACGCUAAUAAAAUCAAAUGUAUAUACACUACGUGAAUAUUGUGAGAAAUUUAUUAAUUUUGAUACAACAUUUGGAGUUAAUAAUUGGAUAAAUUUAGAAGAUCAGCUAGAACCUUUAGAUGAAGAUUUAUAUAAGUUAAUAAAUUCUUCAAUAAUAGUUAUAGAUCCAUUAAUUCCAAAUAAUUUGAAGGGUGGUUUUAAUAAGAUAAGUCAAUUAUUUACAUAUAAUGAAACAGAAGGAAUAAUUAAACAUCCUUUUAUAAGAGUAUAUUCUAGAUCAGAAAAUGUUAAUAUAAAUUCUAAAACAGUACCAUUAUCUAUAUUAACAGUACUAAAGUGGGCAACAUUAUUAGUAUUACAUUAUUUUAAAAAUCCUGUGAUUCAUUAUUUAAAGAAUAGUAAGAAAAUACCUGUAUUAUUCUCAAAGGAUUUAAAUAAUUUAUACUAUUUAGAUUGGAAUUACAUUUUAUAUUCAAUUUCAAGUUAUAAUAAAUUGAAAUAUAUUUCUGAGGAAAAUUUUGAAUUAAUUUUAUGCUAUUUUUUUCCAAAUUUGAAAAGAUCUUUAAUUGUUGAUAGUUAUCAAAAAUUUAGUCUUGCAAGUCCACUAGAUGAAUUAUCAUAUAUACCACUUAUUGAUCAAAUAUCUGAUGAGAUUACUUGGCAAAAGUUACUUGAUAGAAUUGGUCCAAUAAGUAUGAUAUAUAUAUUAGUAUGUUGUAUAUUAUAUAGGAAAGUUUCUAUAGAUAAAAAAAGUAAAUCUCAUAAUUCAAAAGCUUUUUCUCAAUAUAUUCAAUGUAGUGGGAGACUUUUAACAAAUGAUUAUAUUGAUGAGUUAAGAUUAUUAAAUAAAGUUGGAGUAAAUCCAAAUUUAUUAUCAGAAAAACAAGAAAUAAGAGAAGUGUCUAUAAAUCGUAAAUUAAGGAUUAGAAAAAGUAUAGAAAAUAAAAAUAAUGGUAUAUUUAAUUCAAAUAUGUCUAUUUUUAGUAUUGAAAUACCAAUACAAUGUAAUAUGAUGUAUAAUAAUCAAUAUCCACGUAAAGGUGGACUACCUUGUCAAUCACUAUUACGUUUAUUACCUCCAAAUGAAAUAGGAGCAAGAAUAUUAUUAAAAUUUGUAUUAUAUUCUGAUUAUCUUCUUUCAGAAUAUGAUCACAAUAAUACUAUGAAUAUUCUUAAUGAAUAUAUAGCAAAAAAGAAUAUUAGAGUUCGAUGUUUUAUUGCUUCAAAUUUAUUGGAUUCUUUUCAGAAAUUAUUAGAAAAUAGUAGAGAUAUUUCUACAUUACGAUUACUUGCGCAAAUAUGCCCAAUUUCUUCUGAAAUUAGUAAAUUAAAAUUAUCGAAUAUAGCUAAACUUCCUGUUUCAGAAUAUGAAACUUCUAAUACAAAUGUAAUUAAAUUUCUUAGAUAUAUAUUAAAGAUGAUAGUGCCUCGAGAAUUGUUUGGAACUAAAAGUAAUUUUAAAUAUUUUUUAAAUAAGAAAUUACCUGUAAUUGUAAAUUUACAUUCUAGAGAGACUUUAAAAGUACAUCAAAUAAUGUCAAAGAUAAAAAUAUCAAAUUGGGUAAGAAGAAUUUAUACAAAAUAUGAAGAGAAGAUUAAGAAGAAUAUUCAAGACAAUAAAAAAGGAAAUAAUCAAUAUAAAAAAAGAUAUAGAUCUAUGGUUACUAUUGCAAAAAGAUAUUUAGCUAGAAUUAUAUAUUUUAUUAUUACAAGUAUAAUUGUUCCAAUAAUAAGAAGACAUUUUUAUGUAACAGAUAUUGAAGGAAGUAGUAAAUUAUGCUAUUUCCGUUAUCCUACUUGGAUAAAAAUUGUUAGAAUUGCUGAUUUGCAUUUUAAAAAAUCUUCUAUGAUAGAAUCUGAAGAUAAUUGUAAUUAUUCAGAAAUAGAUAUAUCAUGUGUUGAUAAUAUUCCUAGAUUAAGAUGGAUUCCUAAAAUUCGUGGUUUGAGACCAAUAUUAAAUUUAUCAAGAGCUGGUUCUGGUAUAUAUUUAUUAAAAAAUUUAAAUGAAACAAAUUUAGAAGAUAAUAAAAAACAAAAUAAUAAUGGAAAUUUUUCUUUUUCACCUUGGAUUGGUGGAGAUACUCCUGUUUCUUGGAUGAGUUCAAAUAAUCGUUGGAGAUCUCAGAAUUAUGAGAAUUUUCAAAUAAAAAGUAAUAAAUCAAAUCAAUAUACUUAUUCUAAUACAAAUAAUAAUAAAUGGAGACCCUCAAGUAAUAAUACAGUUGAUUUAUUACGUCCAUCAGCAAAUAAUGUAUUAUUUUAUAUAGCUAGAAUAAUUAGAACAUAUUUAUUAUAUGAAAUAAAUUCAAAUUAUUCUUUUCAUAGUCCUACCUUUAAUUUACUUGGAUGUUCAAUUAUACGUUAUAGUGAUAUACAUAAAUGUAUUAAACAUUGGUGGAAAUAUAAUGUAAACAAAGGAUUAAUUAAUAAUAUUACAACUAGUUUAAAUUUAUAUAAAUUUAAUUAUAAUUUAUUACCAAAAGUCUACAUGGUAAAAGCUGAUUUAAAUAAUUGUUACGAGAAUAUAAAUCAAAAUAAAAUAAUUGAAAUAUUAGAAGGUAUAUCUUUACCUACUGAAAUACCUUUAAUUACAAUAUAUAACAGGAUUUUAUCUCAAACAUAUACACUACCUCCAUUUGAAAAUAUAUCAACAGGUAUUAUAGGUAUAAAUGAAAAUUCAAAACCUUAUUUUUUGACUUCUAAAGGUAAAUUAAAAACAGUUCCAGUAAUAGAAUAUGAAGAAUAUAAUUCAAGAUGUAAUCAGAAAUCAUCAGAAAAUAAUUUAGAGAACUAUAAAUAUAACAAAGGUUCAAAUUCAUUAAAUAAAAAUUCACUUCAUCAUGUGAUAAGUCAAAAUAUAUUUAUACCUACUAUAAGUAUUUUAGGAUGUGGAAAGUGUGGUUUCUUAACUGAUUUAAGUUCAACUCGUACUAUUAAGUGGUCUGAUGCAAUUAAAUUACUAAAAAUUCAUCUGAGUUAUAAUCUAAUGAAAUUGAGGACAUCUACUAGGAAAUGGAGAAUAAAAGGUAGGAAGAAAGCAUCAAUUAGGCAUGUUGUUCAACAAAAUCGUGGCAUACCACAAGGAUCAGUACUUUCACAUUUAUUAUGUAGUUUGUAUUAUGGUAGACUUGAUAAUCAAAUGGAUGUUUUAAAAUUAUUAAAUAUACAUUAUAAUAAUGAAUUAAAUUCAACUUCUAAAGUGGAAACGUUAAGUAUUUCUAAUAAUAAGCGAAUGUUAGCUGAUAACUAUUUAGAAGAGAAUAAUCAACAUUCUUUUCAAGUAGAAUAUAAUUAUAACCAAGACAAUAAAAUAAAGAGAAUAAAGAAAAGUGCAAUAAGCUUAGAUACGAAUUUUCGAACUGAUGAAAGAAAUAUAGAGAGUAUUUAUAAUAAAGAAAAUAUACCUAAUGAGGCUAAUUUAGCUAUUGGUUUUGAUGAACUACAAUUUACUAAAAUCCUAGAACAAAAUAAAUCUACUUUAAAUAAUUAUAGAGAAAAAGAUAAGAAAUUUGAAGAUAAAUGUGGAGAUUUAGUUAUAAAUAAUGAAGAUUAUAUAUACAAAACAAAAUCUUCACCUAAUCUAUUAUUACGAUGGGUAGAUGAUUUCCUUUUUCUUAGUACAAAUAAAUCUAGUGCUUUGGAAUUUUUGGAUAUAUUAUGUAACAAGCAUACAUGGGGUUCAAAUUUAACUGAGGAUAAAAUUACAACAAAUUUUAAAUGGAAAGAAAACACAGAGAGUGAAAUAUGUGACAGUGUUACCUGGGCUGGAAUGAAAUUUUCUUCUGAUCCUAAUGGAUUAGAAUGUAUGCCAUUACCAUGGAAAAGUGUUCAUCAUAUUAGUAUAAUGGAUACAAUAUCUUUAGUUAUAAUUAAUAGUAAUUCUAAGAAUAAAUGGAAAAAUAUUUUAAUAAAUCCAUUAAGUCAAAAGGGUAAAUAUAUGUGGUCUGUAGUAGGGGUUAGGAUAAUGGCAUAUCUAGAUAUGAGAAUCAGAAAUGGAUUAAACUUUGAUAUUGAACUUAAUGCAAAAGAUACUGUAAGUUUACAGUUAAUAUUAAUGAUAAAUUAUUUAUAA